AUGGACAUUUUACGAUGUAAAUUAGAAACCAGUGUUAUGCCUGAUGCUCUGGUCAUGAGAACCAUUUCCGACGUUAUUGAUUCACCACCAAAAUUCAAUGCUGAUUAUAAGAACAAGUUUAUGCCGACUGAUGCUAUUGGAUUGGAAGUGUUAUUGCUUGCAUCCUCACUUUUAACAAAUCAAACGUAUAUAUUUGAUACUUCGGGUAGUCGUUCAGCUGAUGAGCUCCUGCAAGGUUGGCAAGAUAUGUGUGUAGCAUCAGAUGGAUACAAUUGUUCAAAACGUAUUGCACAUUUAAGAAAGAUUGAUCCAGAUAUUUUAACUAAUCCAAAUGCUGGCGGUUCUCAACAUCGUGAUCGUAGUCAAUCGGCAAAAAGAUGA